AUGGCUGCUAAACUCUUAGUGUCAUUAAAGGUACUCGUAAUUCAGUUGAAUCCUCAAAUUGGGCAAGUAGAUCAAACCAUUAAAAGAACAUGGUCUAUACUAGAGAAAGUAACGAAAAGUGCCACAUAUGUGAAACCUGAUAUAAUAUUAUUUCCCGAAUUUUCUUUAACAGGAUACAACUUCCAUUCCAGAAAAGAUAUUUUACCCUAUGUUGCUAGAGAAAGUGAAGGGCCGUCUUUUCAACUAGCUAGAUCAAUAUCUAAAAAGUUUCAAUGCUACACUGUAAUAGGAUAUCCUGAAAAUGCUGAUGAACAGAAGUUGUACAAUUCCACCCUUGUAAUGAGUCCACGGGGAGAACAAGUUUUCAAUUAUAGAAAGACCUUCCUUUAUGAUACUGAAGUUAAUUGGAACUGUGAUGAAAAUCCAGAGGGAUUUCAGACGUUCCCUAUGAGUUUCUCAAAAUGUGCCAAGCUUCCUAAUGAGGACUCUUUCACCAGAGAUGUGACCCUGAAAACAUCGAUAGGUAUUUGUAUGGACUUGAGUCCUUACAAAUUCAAGGCACCCUUUAAUCACUUUGAAUUUUCUUCUUUUUGUGUUGAUAAUAAUGUCGAGUUGAUUUUAUGUCCUAUGGCGUGGUUGAAUUCGACUUCCAUUACGGACAAACAGACUCUACAUAACGAUUCGAUGUUAGAGGCUGCUAAGGACAAAAUAGCUUUGAAUUUAAGAGAGCAAGGACUGCCUCUGGCUGGGUCUCAAGGACUUUACCAGCUUAAAAUUGGUGAUUCGCAACACACACAUAGGGUUUCCUCCGAUGACAGUAGCAGUGAAUAUAAACAUAUGGACGAACCAGAUAUGUCAAAUGUUAACUACUGGAUUUUACGAUUUUUUCCUUUUUUGUCCUACAAAUCAAGGGCCAUUUGGUUUAGAAAUUCAUCACUUCUCGAAAACAUCUUGGGCAAAAGUAAAAUGCCUCCAGAUCAUGAAUAUUACAAGAAUGGAAGACACAAAGAGGACACCAUGGACUUUUCCAAUUCUAAAGAAAUAAUGGAAGAUACUUUAGCAGAGAAGACUUUUUUGGGGGCAUCCCUUAAACAAUCUUGGAAGUUUGAAGGUAAAAAUGCAGUUUUGGUGGUCGCUAACAGAUGUGGUGUUGAGGAUGGGUCUACAAUUUUCGCAGGAAGUUCUGGAAUAUAUAAAUUCAAUGGUUCGCAACCCAAAAAUUCCGAAAUUGAUGAGGAUAGCCGGCUUGAUUCCCUUAAUGAAAGCGUAGAGUUGUUAGGUAACUUGGGUAAAGGCCUAGAAGGGGCUAUAUUGCGUGAAGUCCAAUUUGAAGUAUCAAGGUGA